AAACAAAUCUGUACCCUAAAGAGGAAACGUUUCACAUGCGUGUUGUUUGUGCUGAACAGAGUUAUGUUGUUGUUUUUCAUUAAAUCCGCAGCAUCUUCAGCGUGUCAUCGUCUAGAGGUCACGGACAAAGAUUGGAUGGGAUAUUUAUAGAGUGAAUGGACGGGAGAAAUUGGAUUCUGGUUUUAGCUGUGGCACUCAAAGGGGGGACAGAGGAAAUCAAUAUCUGCCAGAUUGAUCCUCAAUGUGAGGUCAGAUCCAGCUGCAAAAACACAGCAUGAGGCAUGAUUUUAAAAAAUUUUUUAAUGCAUGAAGAGCUGUCAUUUUUUUCUGUAAAGUCAGGGAAGAUGUGCUCUGAAUGGUGAGCAAACGAAGAAAUCCAAGGACGGCAGCGCUGAGGGGAGGGUAGAAAAGACGCGCACAGACUUAGUAGUCCCACCUUCUUCUUCUUCUUCUCAGUCAGAGGGAACAGAUCUCAGAGGAAGAUGCAGCUCUACAUCCGAGGAGCGCUCAGGAAAAGUACAUGAGAGGAGACAGGAGCAGGAUUUGACCAGACAGAGAGGAAUAUCUGGUUGUUUAUUCUGCAAAACAGGGGGACGCUAAAGCAGACCGUAAACCGUGACGUCCACCCCGUCUGCUGCACAGACAGCUGAGAGCAUGAGUGAGGCGAAGAAAGGAGAGCUGGCCAUCCGGGACAAAGCCAUCCUGCAUCAGCAGAGGCGCCUAAAACAGGCCACCCAGUUCACACACAAGGACUCGGCUGACCUGCUGCCCCUGGACGGACUCAAGAGACUCGGAACCUCCAAAGACCUGCAACCUCACAGCAUCGUCCAGCGGCGCCUGCUGGAGGGAAACAUCACGCGGCUCCGAGGCGAGGCCCAGGACGCCACCGCCAGGGUUCGCUCGCCGUUGGCCGACACCAAGGACGGACCUACGGACGCCGAGGAGCGGAGUGAGAGCACGGCGGAUGACUCCACCGAGGAGAGGGAGUCUCUGGAGGAGAGCGAGAGGAGCCUCCGAUCGGACGAGGAGGACGAUAACAGCGAGGCCGCAGCCAGACACUCAGCCGAGAAGCCGGAGAGCAGGGACAGCUCGACCCGACUCACAGCUUUAAUUAUUCAAUGCAAGUGCUGCAAAACUGAAGUGAAGGCAUCCAUCAACACUGGCAGCCUACACAACCACAUCUCCACCUCCUGCUGCCAGAGGCUGGGACUGGUUCCCAGUAAGGACAGUUCACCAUGCGGUGCUGCCAGUUCAGUGACUGAUCUGCAGCUACAGCUGGGCAGGCAGACUGUCCGGUGUUCAGCAUAUGUGAAAGAGGAUGAGGUGUCUGAACUGUGCCUGGGUCUGCAGACUCUGUUGGAGCUGAAAUGCUGCUUGGAUCUGAACAAUCGGGUUCUGAAGCUUCAAGGCUGCGACGACGAGCUGCCCUUCCUGAACACUGUAACCGACGGCCGGUGCCAACACGACACCAACGAAAACCUGUGAGCCGACUCCACAUCAGCUGCCAAGUCUGGUCAUCGCUAACGGGCUGCAGCUGCGAGAAACGAUGCCCUUUGUUUUUAUCUGGACAGUCCAAUCACAGCAUCACUGCCAGAACAUGGAUGAGCGUUCACCUCUGUUGUUCUCAAGCUUACAUCUUCAUGUCUGCUGAGUUUUGACAUGAUUUUCUCUUAUAAUUGUCUAGCUAAGCAGAGCAAAACCUGAUCUCUCCAGGUUUUGGGAUUAUGCUGUAUUUUCUCUGUUCUGCUGCUUACGAAAAGAAAAAUAUUUAUGACAAUUUGAAGUGAAUUUAUAUUGAAUCUGCUAUGAUUUGGCUGCUGAGGAAUUGUGUUGAAUUACACCUCAAUCACAUACUGAGAUUUUUUUCCACUUUGGUUUUUUUCUGUUACAAAACAUUCUACAGUUCUGUUAAACUACGAUGACAUAUUAGGGCCGAUGCAGAUAGAAAAAAGGAGUACAUUGCUGUAAAAAAAUAAACUCAAAUUUUGAGAAUGUUCUAAAAGAAUUUCUGAAAAAAAAACUUGGAAAUUUAGAAGUUUCAAAGUCAAACAUUUGCGAGAAACAAAUCUGAUAGCUUGAGGAUAAUCUGAGAAAUGUUGUAUAACAAACAAAAACAUUGUCUGUGCUCCAAACAACGAAAAUUUGCAAGAAAAAACUCAGAAACUUUGAGAUUAAGCUGAGAAUUUUUUCUGGGAAAAACUUUCAAACGUCAAAAACUCUGAAAUUUCCAUGUUUUUGUAAAGAAUUUUUUUAGAUUCAUCUCAAAAUGUGAGAUUAUUUUUUUCUUGAAAUUUGUAACUUUUCAAACUCAGAAAUGUUCUUGUUUUUUCUAGAAAAUUUGAUGGAAAUUUAAUUCUUUCUCCUCUAGCUACAAUGGCCCUGAUUCGCCGCCAUAGUUAACACCGAUGUUUGGUGUUUUAAAGUUUAAUUUCUUUUUGGCUAAACAGUCACUCCAAUUGGCAGAACAAUCAGAAACCCGAAAAAUGUUUUGGAUUAAACCAGUGCUUUCCAACAAUUUUAGCCUUUUGAUUCUACUCAUACUUAAAGAUGACCUUGUAACUAAUUGUAAAAUUGUGGUCAAUACUGAAAUUUAAGAUACAACGUAUCAAUUGUCUUACUGUCAUCAUGACCAACUUUAAGUUUAAAUGUUUCUCAGUUUAUCUUUUAUGCUUGUAUUAAAGUUAAAAGUCAACCGUGUUCAACUUACAAGGAUUUUCUUACUGUUACGUUAAGUGACGGGGUUAACUACUGUUAGCAAAAAAAAAAAAGCUAGUAAAAGUGAAUAUAUUUUUACUGCUACUGAGGCCUAUAAACCCUGAGGUGUAUGUUCAUAAAUGUGUUGUUCAGUACAGUAUGUGAGUGAUUUUAUGAUGUACAAACACACAGAAGCACAAACAGCUAAUCACUUUAUACAUGUAGCAGCAGCCAUGUUGGAUCUCGAGGUCCAUCGCAAUUUACUUUUACACUGCAAUAUUUUUAAAAAGUUGCUUAUUUUAUGGAAUUCGAUAUUCUAACAUCCAAGCACAAAUGGAUCAAGCCAUUGUUUAGCUGUGAUGAUGGUGGCUUUUGAACAUUUUUAUUCAGAAAACUAAACAUUUACGAAAUAUACUUUAACACCCAAUAAUUCUUGUUGAUUUGUUCAAUUUCAAACUCUGAAUGAAAGCAGUUAAAUAAAAAACACCACACUAGACUACUAAGACUUCAUGUUGGCUUAAUGUUUGUACAUCGCAAUAGUUGGCUGUUAUCUUCAGAAAACUUUUAUUAUUCACAUUUAAAUAUUCCUUUAAUUUAAAAUAGACAUUUUUAAAGGACUCAUUUGUUUCAAACACAGGAAUCUGUAGGUAUCCAUUCUUUUCUAUGCAGCUGAACCGUUAGCGUGCUAGUUAACCUUUAGCAUGUUAGCUAACAGUAUCAAACCGUUAUGGAUGUGAAAUAUUACAAACGUAGCUCACAAUUUUAUCAAAUGCGUAAGUUUAAGAUUUGAACAGUUAAACAUCAAUGUUAGAUUAACAUUUCAGGUUAGAUUCUAUCAAGCUAAAUAUAUUCAGUUUUAGCGUUUUCUUCAAGCUAUUUUUAGCAUCGAUAGCAUCUCCUUACUGUCAAAAUAAUAUUUGGUCUUUUGGCUGGAAAUCACUGGAUUAAUUAAUUUAAGAAACGACUGAGUAAAGUGUAGUUUUGUUUUGUUUCUGUUAAUUUGGAGAGAGACGGAAAAAUAAAACAUUACCCCAAAAAUUGUAGUCCUUGCAGUAAAGUGGUAUUGCAUAAAAUGAUGCAAUACCACUUAAAUGUAUUUUAAAAUAUUUUAAAUUCGGUUUGGCUCAGACCAUUUCCUGAAAAUGUUCCAACUUUCUACAACUUUUAAAAAAAUAAUUGUGACUGAUUUUUUUUAUUUUUUAUGUUUUCCACACACUCCUCACCCUAACGGUAAUAUAGAUUUUAUAACAGCACUGUCCAGAAAAUUCCCUAAAAACAAUUAAACAUUGAUUUGAUAUAUUUGAAUCAGACUCAGAAGCAACAAAAAUACUAAGUCAGUCCAGAUCUGCAUGACUUUGUCAAGUUCAGCCUUUGUAUAAAUAAGUCUGCAUGUGGUGUUCUAGUCAGAAAAUGUCACGUUGGGAGUCUGUAGGGGCAGGAUGUGAGUAUGUUUUGUGUGCAUGUUUGAGUUACAAGUCAUACCGAGGUUUUGUUCCUUUUUCACAUGGGAAAAAAACUGAAUCCUUCCCGUUUUCCCAACUGGGUCGAAACAGAACACCCUGCCAAAAGCCUACCCCAGCUGCCUUCAUCCUCUGCCUCUUUUGGGAGACUUUAAUCAUUUGGUAACGGCUCAGCUCCAUGCCAAGGUCUCCUCUUCAUGCUAAUCGUUAUAGAUAUGGUCUUUAUCAAUAUAAAUAUUUCACCAUUUCUGUUUCUGAUGCAAUUGUUUCUGAUUUGUCCAUAUAAAAUAAGCAAACCUGGCAACCUGAAUUAUGUUUUCAUGGUUCAGAGGACAAAAGCUGUUUAUCAAAGGCCAUCAUGCUCUGCUUUCAGCCCAAUCAUGCUUACGACUGUGCUGCACAGCAUCCAUCCACACACAGAUUGGCAAUAUUUGUUUCUUAUAAAUGUAGUAGUGAAAUUCCUAUGCUGUGUGAAAGGAAUUAAUGUAUUAAAGAAAUUUAUUUUUGGUGUUUUACCUCUUCUGAAUAGUAUUUUCUCUGCUUAAAAUAAAAUCUGUAUUCUGGC